AUUAGCAAAACUGUUUAUUUGUUCCUUAAUUUGAACUUUUACAGAAGUAUUAUUAUAUUUACAGCUCAUAAUUCCCAAAACUGAUGGUUCUGCGUAAAAUGUUGCAUGACAUUUAAUUUUAAAACAUUCUCAUUUGUUGGUAAUAAAUGGUUCAAAUGAUUUUAUUGUCACAUUUUAAGUGGCGGAACUCUCGACUUCAUGGUGGAGGAGGAAGGAGAACGAGCUGCGCAUUCUUUUCCUCACUUCAAGCCAGCAGCUAAGCCCCGCCUCUCCUCGAAUCCCAUUGGGCAGUCUCAGUCGAAUGCGGGGCUGUGAUUGGCUCUCAGUGACGUCGCUCCCGGCUCGCGCUGCGCUUCCUGGUUCGGGAUUGUCACACAGGCGACGGUCGGGGAUCCAAAAGCCGAGUGUCCGCCUCGUCCUGCCCCCCGGAGAGAGUCCUUCCAGCCCGAAAACGACCCGUCCAGGCCGAUGGCGUUCAGGAAGGCCCUGAGACGGACCGCCAUCAUGGGCGGCGGCGCGGUGGCCGCAGCCUUCGGCGUGUCUCAGCUGAUCGAGUACAGGAGGGCGCAGCCCGGAUUGGCCCACGUGGCGGCAGAGGCGGACCUGAAGGUCCCGUACCCCAACGAGCUUCCCUCUCGGGCGGCCCAGCUGGCGGCGCUGAGAGACACCGAGGAGUUUGACGUGCUGGUUGUUGGGGGAGGGGCCACCGGGGCAGGAUGUGCUCUGGACGCUGUCACACGCAACCUUAAGACCGCUCUAGUAGAGAGGAGCGACUUCUCCUCGGGCACGAGCAGCCGGAGCACCAAACUCAUCCACGGUGGAGUGCGGUAUCUCCAGAAGGCCAUCAUGAGACUAGACUACGAACAGUACAUGAUGGUGAAAGAAGCUCUGCACGAGCGAGCCAACCUGCUGGAGAUCGCCCCUCACCUGUCAGCCCCGUUACCCAUAAUGCUCCCUGUUUACAAGUGGUGGCAGCUGCCCUACUAUUGGGCGGGUAUCAAGAUGUACGACCUGGUGGCUGGGAUCCAGUGCCUGAAGAGCAGCUACGUCCUCAGCAAGACCAAAGCCUUGGAGCUGUUCCCUAUGCUGAAGAAGGACAAGCUGGUGGGAGCCAUCGUCUACUACGACGGGCAGCACAACGACGCCCGCAUGAACCUCGCUAUCGCCCUUUCUGCCGCCCGCUACGGCGCCGCCGUGGCCAACUACACGGAGGUGGUUCACCUGCUGAAGAACAAAGACCCUCAGACCGGCAGGGAGGUGGUGUGCGGCGCCCGCUGCAGGGACGUCAUCACAGGCAAGGAGUUCGAUGUGAAGGCGAAGUGUGUGAUCAACGCCACCGGGCCGUUCACCGACUCCCUGAGGAAGAUGGACAACCAGGAAACGCAGAACAUCUGCCAGCCCAGCGCGGGCGUUCACAUCGUCAUCCCCGGGUACUACAGCCCUGACAACAUGGGUCUUCUUGACCCGGCCACGAGCGACGGCCGCGUCAUCUUCUUCCUGCCCUGGGAGAAGAUGACCAUCGCGGGCACCACAGACAGCCCCACCAAAGUCACGGCGCACCCCAUCCCGGGAGAGGACGACAUCAACUUCAUCCUGACGGAGGUCCGGAACUACCUGAGCCCCGAUGUUGAAGUGCGCAGAGGGGACGUGCUGGCGGCGUGGAGCGGCAUCCGCCCCCUGGUGACCGACCCCAACUCCAAAGACACCCAGUCCAUCUGCAGGAACCACAUCGUCAGCAUCAGCGACAGCGGGCUGGUCACCAUCGCAGGUGGGAAGUGGACCACCUACAGGUCCAUGGCGGAGGAGACGCUGGACGCCGCCGUCAAAGCCCACGGCCUCUCAGCCGAGCCGUGCAGGACGGUGGGGCUGAUGCUGGAGGGGGCGAAGGGAUGGGCCCCCACCCUCUACAUCCGGCUGGUGCAGGACUACGGCCUGGAGAUGGAGGUCGCUCAGCAUCUGGCGUCCACGUACGGGGCCAAAGCGUUUGACGUGGCCAAGAUGGCUCAGGUGACCGGGCAGCGCUGGCCCAUCGUGGGGAAGAGGCUCGUGUCCGAGUUCCCGUACAUCGAGGCGGAGGUUCUCUACGCCAUCAAGGAGUACGCCUGCACGGCGAUCGACGUCAUCGCCCGCCGCACACGCCUGGGCUUCCUGAACGUGCAGGCGGCGGACGAGGCCCUGCCGUGCAUCGUGCAGAUCAUGGCCAAGGAGCUGGGCUGGAGCCAGGAGAAGAAGACGGAGGAACUGGACGCCGCCAAGAAGUUCCUGUACCUGGAGAUGGGCUACAGGUCUCGGUCCGAGCAGCUCACCAAGACCUCCGAGAUCAACCUGGACUACCAGGAAGUGGUCAGGUACAAGAAGCGCUUCCACAAGUUUGAUAAGGAGAGCAAAGGCUUCAUCACCACCGUCGACGUGCAGCGCGUCCUGGAGAGCAUCAACGUCCACAUCGAUGAAAACGCUCUCCAUGAAAUCCUUAACGAGGUGGACCUCAACAAGAACGGACAGGUGGAGAUCAACGAGUUCCUGCAGCUGAUGAGCGCCGUGAAGAAGGGCCAGGUGUCCGACAGCCGCCUCGCCAUCCUCAUGAAAACGGCCGAGGAGACGCUGGAGACCAGAGGGCCGGUGUCGGUGGACCGCAGCGGGGGCGGAGUCUGAGAGAAGGGAACAAACUAACAAAUAUGCAAAUGGACGAUUAGAGGGACAAUACAGCAAUCAGGCUCGUCCACAAAUCAAGCUGCGUUUGAGGUAAAAAUCCACGGAAAAUGAUUCAAGUCCGAGAGAAAAUGUUUAUGUUUGACGAAUGUUUUUAUAACACAUCCUUCAUUUUUAACAAAAUCAGCUCUGAUUGUUGUGUAAAUGUUCUCUCCAAGGCCUGAUUGAGCUUUCUUUUUCUUUUGCUCAUUUUUUUUAUUUUUUAUUAACCGCUUUAAUUUUCGCAGAAAUUUCUUUUCAAACAGAACGUAUCUGUCAGCCGUUUCCAGGAAAUGAUCAGAAUGGUUUUGAAAAGCUUUCAUGCAAACACUCCCGCUCUCUGUGCUUCAAAACUCCACUGGAUGAAGCUUCACUCCGCGGUGGAGAAAAGAGGAAUGUGCCAAAAACAGCCUGAGGGCUGAAGUGGACCGUCGGAGCUGCAGAGGUUCUGCGUCUCUGACGGAUGUCAGAUUUGUUUAAAUUAAUUUUCUACAUCCGACACGGGUUGUGAAAUCUGAAAAACGAGUCCCACUUCCUGUCCCAUAAAAAAAACCCUAAAACUAGCUACUAUUCGGAAACGUUUUUUUUGCUGUUUGGUCAGUUUUUGUUUCCGCAAAAAAAAAACUUUAGAGAUAAAAUCUCUACCAGAUCUGUCCAAUAGGGGGCGCUGUGGGCCGUACUGCUUUAUUAACCACUUCACUUAAUUUUAAUUCGUCUCCUUUAAUAAACUCACAUCCUGAAAGUGGGCGGACCCUUUUGAGCGAAUCGCUAACACCUUACGACACGCUAGCUAAAAUUUCGUAGAAGGGGGCGGAGCUUGGAAAACGCGUGGCCUCCUAUUGGUGUAAAUAAACCACGUCAACCCCAAUUUGGUGCUUAGUUGGAACCACAGCCGAAGAGGUGAUGAAUAGGAGGUGGAAAUCGAUUUGGUGGAAUAUCGCGAUAUUUUUUUUGCCGAUACUUAUGAACGAUAUUUAAUGAAUUAUUUAUGAGGGUCUUACUUUUGUUUUCCACCACUCGUUGGUAGCUCAGGACAGUUUGAGCAGCUCUACACCGCACAAUUUUUUUAAGGCAUGCUAUUUAAAAAAAAAAAAAAUUAGAAAAAUUGAAAAAUUGUUCUGGCACAAUCCAGUAAAAUAUCGCGAUAUAUGCAUCGUAUCGCCAGAUUCUUGCCAAUACACUCCCCUAGUAAUGAAAUCAAAACCUAAAUAUAGUUUGAAAAAUUCAAAAGCAACUACGCUGAGUACAUAAGAUGACGUAAACUCACUUUUUACUAUUCUAAACUAGCAUCUUUUGCACUGACACGUAAACCUGUCAUUUAACCUUCUGUGGUUCUCAGUUUAAAAAACUGCACUUUUAUGUUAAAAAAUUAUUAUAUUUUUGUAAAAAAAAAUCGUAUAAGAACAUUUUUUAAACCGUAAUAGUAUGUAUCUAUGGUGACCAUCAACCAACUGCUAACGUCUCAAGAGAUACACAACGAAAACACUGAAGCUAAAAUAUUUCAAAUGUUUUAUUUUUAUUUAAAUUUAGCAUUUCUUUAUUUUUAAUCCUUUAAUUUAUCAUAACUGUAUUUCAGGAAUUGCAUAAGUGAUUUCUAGUGUUAUCACGUUAAAAUUCAACUCUAAUCGCUGGUUGCUAAGGAAAUUAGAAAAUGUACUUUCAGGUAGAGACACAAAACUUUCUGUGCUCAUUUUAUAGCCUCAGACAUGAAAAAAACUCAAUGGUUGCUAUGGACUCGGGGCUUCAUGAAAGCUGCCAUUUUUAAUUCGAGCGUGACCACUUUUCCGAGUAAAACCGAAGUGAAUGAAUUCACUUCAAUAGUUCAGUUUUCCCGAUGGAGUCAAAUGCGACCGAGCGACUGUUUUACUGUCGCUUCAGACGAGAACACAUAAAGUUUAUUACCCAGGAGAAUCCAGAAGAAAGAGGGAAUUUAUUGUUGUUGUGUUAUAAUCUCUACACGGCGGCGGAAGCAGCUGCUCGGUAACGGGUCAAGUGAUCAGAACUCCGCUUGAGCAGCUGAUGGACGAGCAACAAUGCUUUGUUGUACGUCUGUCUUCGCCUGCAGCCGACUCUGACGUUCACAAGACUGCGGCGCCACACUGGGACGUUUUUGUAUCAGUUUCUCAAUGACAAUUUCUACUAUUGCACUGCGUCUAUUUGUGGCUCGCUUAGAUUUUAUUUGCCCGCAAAGUUUUAGAAGUGUAGCGGGCAUUUCUGUAUAUCUGGAGUUUCUUUCUUGUCUUUCGCGGUGGAAUCUUGCAUGAGAGCUGCUGUAAACGUAUGAAUGUAUGAUUUGUGCCUUCAGCUCCUCGUUUUCCAUUUACGGCUUCAGCUCGGAUGGGACAAACUUUACUCAAAGAGUUUGGAUAAAAAACUGGUUUAAAGGGACAUUUCCACGCUGAUUCUUUUAUGGUAAUUGUAUUUAGAAUUAUAUACAUUUAAACAUGAGUAUUUGUUUUUUAUCAGACCUUUCAGGUUUCUUGUCUAAUUGUUUAAAUAAUAAAAAAAUGACCUUUUUUUUCUCAAAUUGAGCAGUUUGGGGUUUUUUUUAAAGAAAAAUCUUUGAAGAGAUGAACUUUCAUAACAUGUAGUGAGUGGGAAUAAAGACUUGAAUUGUGUUCCAGCUAAAGCGGUUCAAAGUCAAUGACGGGACAAAACAAGCAUUCAUAUAAAGUAGUUAUUACUUCAA